AUGCGACCUUGUUAUUACGAAUUAUUAGACGUUGAACAAUACGUAACCGCAGAAGAAUUAAAGAAAGCCUAUCGUAAAAAAGCUUUAGAAUGGCAUCCUGAUAAAAAUCACCAUCGAGUUGCAGAGGCGACAAAACAAUUCGCUCUCCUUCAACAAGCUUACGAAGUUUUAUCGGAUCCAAACGAAAGGGAAUGGUAUGAUAACCACCGAGAUGCUAUUUUAAGAGAAGUCAGACAACCAAGUGUGGCAGGAAUUAGUGUAGAAGAUCUCAUGAAAUACUUUAACAUCGGAUGUUUUAGUGGUUUUGAUGAUAGCCCAAAGGGAUUUUAUACAGUUUACGGAAAUAUAUUUGAACAAUUAGCUAAAGAGGAAGAAGCAGCUCAUGCACGUGAUCGAGAUGAAAAUUCUUUUGAAUUUUUCCCUUACCCAUCAUUUGGUGAUAGUACUACUUCACCGGAUCAAGAAGAUUCAAAAUAUGGAAAUUUAAUUAAAUAUUUUUAUCAAUCAUGGUUGAAUUUUUCUACACGAAAAAAGUUUGCUUGGUUUGAUAAACAUCGUUUAUCUGAGGCACCAGAUAGAUGGGCAAAGAAAAAGAUGGAAGCAGAAAAUGAAAAGUCUCGUAAAUUAGCUCGUAAAGAGUACAAUGAAACUGUUAAAUUACUAGUUGAAUUCGUGCAAAAACGUGAUCCACGUUAUAAAACUUAUAAGAUGGCUACUGAUCAAAGAAAUAAAGCUCAAGUUGCUGAAGCAAAAAAACGUGCUGCCCGUGAUCGUGCUGAACGUAUUUCUAAAUUACAAGAAUAUCAGGAACAAGAUGAGCAGCAAUGGAUAAAUCAUGAAAAAAGCAAAACUCAUAAAACCAAUGUAAAAUUAUUGAAAAAAGAAAUGGCUGAGGACUUUGAAGAUAAUGAAGAUUUAAUAAUUUCGGAUGACCAAAAUGAGACAAAUAAUAAUGACAUAGAUGAAGUGGAAAUCUCCGGUGAUGAAAUUGUUCGGGAUAAGAUAAAAUCUGAUUCACCUAAUGAUGACGAUGAAUUAUCUGAACAAUUAAACAAAAUAAAAGUUUCUUCUAGAGGUGGUUUCGAAUCUGAGGAAGAUUCUAAUAAAACUCAACCCCCCUUGGAUGUUGAUGAUAAUUCUAAUAAAACUCAACCCCCCUUAGAUGUUGAUGAUAAUUCAAUUCAACAAGAAAAUGGUACUAAAAAAGAGAAGAAAAAGGAUAAGAAAAAGUCUAAAGAUUCUAAACAGCAAAAGUGUAAUGUUUGUUCACAGACUUUUCCGUCAAGAAAUCAGUUAUUUUCCCACAUUAAAGAAACUGGGCAUGCAUUAAAUGUUAGUGGUUCUGGUGGUGGGAAAAAGGGAAAGAAGUGA